UCAAACUCUAUUAAUUUUUCAAUUAAAUAAAGGAAUACUUAUACCAACAAAACAACAAGCAAAAAUGGAUAAACACGGAAAGCGACAUUAUUCAUCUUCGGACUCAGACAGUGUUGAAGAGAAUCGUUUAAAAGAUAUUAAAGAGAGAGAUGAAUUCGCCACAAGACUUAGAAAACGUGAUGAAAAUAAGGUGAAAAAAGUCGCCGAAAGCUCUAGCAAAAGAUCAUACGAAGAAGCAGCAAAACGGUUAAAAUUGGAAGCCGAAGACCGGGAUAAAAUAUUACCUAAGCUGCGCGUCCAAUCCCGGCGCAAAUAUUUACAAAAGAGAAAGGAUGACAAAGUUAUUGAAUUAGAAGAUGACAUAGCAGAUGACGAAUAUUUAUUUGAUGAAAGCAUACUAACAGAAAAAGAAAAAAAGGAUAGAGAACACAAAAAAACAAUAUUACAGUUGGCCAAAGAACAUGAAAAGGCCCGAGAAUUGGAAAAUGUGCAAAGGUAUCAUAUGCCACAGGAUCUUGGAAAGGGUGAAAAAGGGGAGUACAUAGAAGUGGAUGAAAAUGAAAAGUUGCCACAUUCUGAACAACGGAAAUGGGAGCAAGAGCAAAUAAAAUCUGCUUUUUUUAAAUUUGGGGCAAAGGAUGCAAAAGGUCAUGAUGAAUAUGAACUACUGUUGGAUGAACAGAUUGAUUUUAUUCAAGCUCUACAAUUGGAAGGAAAUAAAGAAAAAGAAGAAGAAGAAAAAAUAUCUGAACAUCAAAAAGUUCGUUUAACAAUAGAAGAGACAAAGAAGUCCCUGCCGGUUUUCCCUUUUAGAGAAGCCCUUAUUGAAGCAAUAAAAAAUUAUCAGAUAUUAAUAGUGGAGGGAGAAACUGGUUCAGGUAAAACAACACAGAUUCCUCAAUAUCUCAAUGAAGCUGGAUUUACAAAAGAUGGUAAAAAAAUUGGUUGCACUCAACCUAGAAGAGUUGCUGCAAUGUCAGUUGCAGCUAGAGUGGCUCAAGAAAUGAAUGUCAAAUUAGGAAAUGAAGUUGGCUACAGUAUUCGUUUUGAGGAUUGCACUUCAGACAGGACUGUAAUCAAAUAUAUGACAGAUGGAACACUACACAGAGAAUUCUUAUCCGAACCUGAUUUAGCAUCAUAUAGUGUGAUGAUUAUCGAUGAAGCUCAUGAGCGAACACUACAUACAGACAUUUUAUUUGGUCUUGUGAAAGAUAUCACAAGAUUUAGACCAGAUUUAAAAUUACUUAUAUCAAGUGCUACAUUAGAUGCUGAGAAAUUUUCUACAUUUUUUGAUGAUGCUCCAAUAUUUAGAAUUCCUGGCAGACGGUUUCCUGUUGACAUAUAUUAUACAAAAGCACCAGAAGCAGAUUAUAUUGAUGCUUGUGUGGUAACAGUGUUGCAAAUACAUGCCACUCAACCACUUGGUGAUGUACUAGUUUUUUUGACAGGUCAAGAAGAGAUUGAAACCUGUGUAGAAAUGUUACAAGAAAGAACAAAAAGAAUUGGAAAAAAAUUAAAAGAACUUGUUAUAUUACCAGUUUAUGCAAACUUGCCUAGUGACAUGCAAGCGAAAAUUUUUGAACCUACUCCUGAAGGCGCAAGAAAAGUUGUGCUUGCCACUAAUAUUGCUGAGACAUCAGUAACAAUUGAUAAUAUUAUCUAUGUUAUUGAUCCAGGUUUUGCUAAACAAAAUAAUUUCAACUCUAAAACUGGUAUGGAAAGUCUAAUGGUUGUUCCAAUUUCAAAAGCAUCAGCAAAUCAAAGAGCUGGUAGAGCAGGAAGAGUUGCCCCUGGUAAAUGCUUUAGAUUGUACACAGCAUGGGCAUAUAAAUAUGAACUAGAGGACAAUACUGUACCUGAAAUUCAAAGAAUAAAUUUAGGAAAUGCAGUGCUUACAUUAAAAGCUUUGGGUAUCAAUGAUCUUAUACAUUUUGAUUUUCUAGACCCUCCGCCACAUGAAACAUUAGUGCUAGCUUUAGAGCAACUAUAUGCUCUAGGUGCACUUAAUCAUCAUGGGGAAUUGACAAAAGCUGGUAGACGUAUGGCAGAAUUUCCUACUGAUCCUAUGCUUGCAAAAAUGUUAUUAGCCAGUGAAAAGUAUAAGUGUUCAGAAGAAGUUGUAACAAUAGCGGCCAUGUUAUCUGUUAAUAGUUCAGUAUUUUACAGGCCAAAAGAUAAAAUAAUACAUGCAGAUACAGCAAGAAAAAACUUUUUUCAUCCUCAUGGAGAUCAUUUAACAUUAAUGAAUGUCUAUAAUCAGUGGGUUGAAUCAGAAUUUUCAGUCCAAUGGUGUUAUGAAAAUUUUAUUCAGUACAGGUCCAUGAAGAGAGCUCGUGAUGUUCGUGAGCAGUUAGUGGGACUUAUGGAGAGAGUUGAAAUUGAAAUGGUUUCCAGCUUAGCAGAUGAUGCCAAUAUUCGUAAAGCCAUUACUGCAGGCUAUUUUUAUCACAUUGCUAAAUUUUCUAAAGGAGGUCACUAUAAAACUGUUAAGCAUAACCAAACUGUUAUGAUUCAUCCAAAUAGUGCUUUAUUUGAAGAAUUACCAAGAUGGUUAAUAUACCAUGAACUUGUAUUUACAUCAAAGGAAUUUAUGCGACAAGUUACAGAAAUAGAAAGCAAGUGGCUCUUGGAAGUUGCUCCACAUUAUUACAAGGCAAAAGAAUUGGAAGAUUCAACUAAUAAAAAAAUGCCAAAAACUGUUGGUAAAUCAGCUCUUAGUACCUAAUAUAUACUUAAUUAAAAUACAUUAUUCCAAAAAGAA